GUUCUCUCCUCAGUGCAGCGCCAGCCUUUGAAGCGAUCGGUUCAGUUCGUUCGGAAAUUUCCAGAGUCCAGACAAAGAGAGACAUAUAAUUAUGGACAGCAAGCAGCCUCCGCCGUACAGUGAGCAGCCCGGAUUCACGCCUGCCCAGACCUAUCAGCCGGGUGGACCCACCCAGCCGCCGAUGUAUCCACCGAUGCCGCAGCCGCCACAGCCCUCCACGGUGAUCAUUCAGACCACAACCACCUCCAACCUGGUGCCCAUCGGUAAUGGUCCAACCCGCAUCCGUUGUCCCUCCUGCCAUGCCGAAGUCCUGACCACCGUUAAGAGCACACCUUCCGGCCGGACUCACUGCUGGGCCCUCAUCCUGUGUCUGUUCAUCUGCUGGCCUUGCGUUUGCUUGCCUUACUGCAUGGACUCUUGCCAGAAUGCCAACCACUACUGUCCCAACUGCAGUGCCUACAUUGGCACCUACGAGAACUAAAAUCUAAUCUAUAGGAGAUCCCCUUAACAAUUAACCAUGCCAUAUUUCAACGACAAAACUGUAAAACUGUAAAUAUAUUCUUUUAUAAUCACACACAUUAAACAUGAGAUUCAAACAGGAGA